AGGUUCUGCCUCUGGAGAUGUUUGAGAAGACAAGAAGACCCUAACUCCUGCUUUCUUUCUCUGCUCCACCUGGGGAUCUGGGAUCUGUCACAUGUGUGCCGUGGCCCGGGGCAUCAUCGCUACCACUGACCUCAAAGCAUUGGGAGAAAACCUCAGUUUCCAGCCAUCUGCCUGCCUGUCUCUGUGUGGAGAAUGGAGAGUAGCAGUUUGGCAUCCCCAGGGGCCGAGGGGGACGACAGCCCGAUGGAAGGAUCUUCCAAGAGGAGGAGAAGGAUGAAGGACUUGGCUUUUUCAUCUGACGAGAAAGAAGUUCUCAAGCUAUAUGAAAUGUUGGAAUCAAACACAAGAAAAACUCUGACAGACAUUUACCAAAAACUUAAACAAACUCCAAACAACUCAAGUGGAAUUUCAUAUCUCAGAUCCCGGCUUUCUGACCUGACAGAAAAGCCAUCUCUGGAGCCGGUCUACAUAGGGCUCUUUGGAAGCACGGGGUCUGGGAAGAGCUCCCUGCUCAAUGCCAUCAUCGAUAAGGAAAUGUUUCUGCCGGUGUCGGGUGAGAGCACCUGUACCUCAUGCCUGGUGCAAGUGAGUUCUGGUGUCAGCGACAAGUAUGAGGCCAAAAUCCAUCUCCUCUCUGAACAGGAAUGGGAAGAAGAACUGAGAAACUUGAAGGAACUCAUAGUUAGGAAUGAAACCAGGUCUGGGGAAGAAGAGGUCGACGAGUGUGGAAUCGUACAGGAGGCUAUACUGAAGCUCAAUGCUCUCUAUGGUCUCGAAGCUGAAAACAAAAGUGUUGAUGAGCUUUUGAGGAUCCGGAUUUUUAAUGCCCACAAUAUUGUUUUAAAAGAAAGUUGUGCAAAAGUCCUAUCUGAACAAAUGGACCAGUUCAUUCGGAACCAGUCAGAACUCAGCGAGGACAAUGAAAGAGAAUUAUGGCCCCUGGUCAACCACGUGGAAGUGACCCUCUCCAUGUCAGAAUUUCUCCCAAGAGGGGUGGUACUACUGGAUAUUCCAGGGACAGGAGACUUUAAUAGCAAAAGGGAUCUGAUGUGGAAAGAGAGUAUUAAUAAAUGUUCUGCAAUUUGGAUAAUUGGUGAUGUUGAAAGAAUUAAAGGAGGAAAAGUUCAUGAGGUUCUUCUGUGGGAAGGGAUUAAAGCCCUUCAGAAAGGGCCCUGCUCUGAUAUAGCUCUGGUGAUUACCAAGUCGGACAAUUUGAAUCUGCCUGUAUAUUUACGAGAAAGAUCCCAGAAAAAACAACAACUGAAUGAGAAAGUCCCCAAGAACAAGCGUGACGCGAUUCUAGAGAGGAAUGAGACUCUGAAGCAAAUCAAGGGCAGAAGUUUGAGGGAAAGGCUCAAGAAAAAUUUACCAGCUGAUGCUGAAGUGUUUGACAAUCCUGAUCUAGUUUACACUGUGAGUGCUGCAGAAUACUGGCAAAAAAAGCAUCUUGACGUGAACGAAACAGAAAUUCCUAUAUUGAGAGAGAAGAUCCGGAGCAUAUUCCUGAAAGAGAAGAAGAAGAUGGUGUCCGAGUACAUCACAGAGGCUUUUGGCAUUGUCUCACUUGCAGAGCAUUUCAACUGCCAGGAAAACCUUGACACUAUUAAGGAAUCUUGCCAUGAGAAUCUGAAGAGAUAUUUGAAGGUGAAAAUCCAGUGUUUGGAGAAGGAUAUUGAAAAGUGCUUUGACCAAAUAAAGGGGCCCCUCAACGAGGGAGUCAGGAAUGCAAGGUUGUCAUACAAAAGAAUUCUUGAUGACUUCCUCUAUAGAAGAAGAGGAAAUCAAGGAUUUCACAGAACUCUGAAGGCCGUCUGCUUGAAAAAUGGUGUCUUUGCCUCCAAGGUUUAUCACAGAAUAGAUUUGAAUGAAAAAAUUUCACAGCCUGUCUAUGACAAAAUUGGCAUUGUUUUUCAAAAUAUAUUAAGGACUGGGAAGGAUACACGGUCUUCCCUGAAGACUUAUUUGGAUAAAAUGGAGAAUGCUUUGAAAGCUGAAAUUGAGAAAGUUAGAAGAAAAAUGGAAGCACGGGAAAACAAUGGCAAAUACCAGUUUCUGAGUCCAGAGACACAAGUUAUUUUCAGCAACCUGAAAAGGACCAUUAUAAAAAGGAAGGUGGUGAUCUUUGAGUCCUUCACAGUGUCUGUACAGAAAGACCUGAAGCUGUGUUAUGAAGAGGCAGCGAAGAUGAAAGGCAAGAACUCCUGUGAGAAGAUGAAAAACAUCUUAAGGGAAGGUUUUGAAAGGAAAGUGAAAGGGGGAAUGUUUGAAAGGGCCAGAUACCAAAUGCUCCAGGAAUUGGAGAAACUGAAGAAGGACAUCUUGGCCAAUCUAGAAAAGGACAUUUUAGAGAUGCUGAACCUCGCCUUGUCUCAGAGAGAAGCUUCUCGUUCACUGCCUGACAUCAGCAAGGAAUAUGAAUAUAUGCAAGCCAUAUACCUAGAGCUGGAAGACAUUGCUUAAAAGCAGCCUUGUGCAAUCUUGGGUCACCAUGUUUAUAUACUUCUAUUUGCAAGUUUGCUUUUCAGAUCAAGAAUAGCUUUAACAGGAAAAUUCAAGCUUUGGCUGUACCAGUUUUCAGGGAGAGGCCAGCUCAGAGUGGGCAUGGGAAAAGUAGCCAGGUGGCAGCUAGCUAGCUUUGGUGGGGGUGGAGGGGAAGAGGCAGGGAUGACUCAACAAAACACCUGCCAUAAUUAAUGAAUAAUAGUCUUUAUGCGGCGAAUGCAUGGGAACGAGAGAGUGGAAAGAUAAGGGUAUAUUAUAGAAAAUAUAAAUCAGUACAUAUGUAAGGACUGAACUGAGUCCCUCUGUACCACUCUUCAGCCCCUCAUCUUGCCCUGAGUUAGUUGCAUUUAUGUAUUCAUCUAAAUAAAGGCAUUUUAUACGGAGA